CAGCGGCUGCCUGUACAGUAAGAACCCAAUAUGGCAGCGGCGGUAGCAGUGGCAACGGCAGCAGGACCGGCCGCCCCAUAGAGCACCCCCCCCCCCCCACUGCGCGCCUCCGCGGCCGCUUCCUCGCUGAGUUGCUUCUCCGGUCCGACUUCCCCUUUCUCCCACCUUUCCCGGCACCGCGGGAAAAGCAGUGCAGGGCGCAGCAGGCAAGGGAACGCAGCCGGAGCAGGGGCACGGAAGCCUCCCAGUCAGUUCAACUACCGACAUGAGGGAAAAGGGCCGAAGGAAGAAGGGCAGGACCUGGGCGGAGGCCGCCAAGACGGUCUUAGAAAAAUACCCUAAUACACCCAUGAGUCAUAAAGAAAUUCUACAGGUUAUCCAGAGAGAAGGAUUAAAAGAAAUCAGUGGGACUUCCCCGCUUGCAUGCUUGAAUGCAAUGCUGCACACAAACUCCCGAGGAGAAGAAGGCAUCUUCUAUAAAGUCCCAGGUAGAAUGGGAGUGUAUACUUUGAAGAAAGAUGUGCCAGAUGGAGUGAAAGAGCUGUCAGAAGGCUCAGAAGAAAGCAGUGAUGGCCAGUCAGACUCUCAGAGCUCUGAGAACAGCAGCAGCAGUGACGGUGGCAGCAAUAAAGAAGGGAGAAAGAGCAGGUGGAAAAGGAAAGUAUCAUCUAGACUGUCACAGCCAUCCUCUCCCCAGUCAGGCUGCCCGUCACCCACCAUUCCAGCAAGUAAAGUCAUUUCUCAAUCACAGAAGCACAGCAAAAAGGCAUUAAAGCAGGCCCUGAAGCAACAACAACAGAAGAAGCAGCAGCAGCAGCAGCAGCAGCAGCAGCAAUGCAGACCAAGCAUGUCCAUCUCCAGUCAACACCUCUCUCUGAAGACUGUCAAAGCGGCUGCUGACUCUGUGCCUGCCAAACCUGCUCUAUGGGAAGGAAAGCAAUCUGAUGGACAGUCAAGCAGUCCCCAGAAUUCAAAUUCCAGCUUUUCUUCCUCAGUGAAAGUGGAAAAUUCUCUGCUAGGCUUGGGGAAGAAGUCUUUCCAGAGGUCUGACAGACUCCACACAAGACAAAUGAAAAGGACUAAAUGUGCUGACAUUGAUGUGGAGACUCCUGAUUCCAUUCUGGUUAAUACUAACCUUCGAGCCCUGAUCAACAAGCACACCUUUUCAGUUCUCCCUGGAGACUGCCAGCAGCGCCUGCUUCUCUUGCUUCCAGAGGUGGAUCGGCAGGUUGGUCCAGAUGGCUUGAUGAAGUUGAAUGGCUCAGCCCUUAACAAUGAGUUCUUCACUUCUGCAGCCCAGGGCUGGAAAGAAAGGCUCUCAGAAGGUGAAUUUACCCCUGAAAUGCAGGUGAGAAUUCGACAAGAGAUUGAGAAGGAGAAGAAAGUAGAGCUGUGGAAGGAACAAUUCUUUGAAAGUUACUAUGGUCAGAGUUCUGGCCUAAGCCUUGAAGAUUCACAGAAACUGACAGCUUCCCCAGGUGAUUCCAAAGCAAAGAAAACCCCAGCUGAGCAACCAAAAUUCAUACUUUCUUCAGAGACCUCUCCUGUCAGAAUCAUCCCAAUAGUUCCUCAGUCUGAGUGUAAAGAAGCAGCAGUGCAAAUACCAUCACCAUUCAAAAAAGAAGAAAGCCAAGAUGAGGCAAGGCCAAACUCUAAAUCCCCAGAACCUGUUCUUGCAUCAGCUAGCAAUACAAAUGAACUUAUCACCGUGAAGCCGAUGAAAAGCCCUAAGGAUGAGGGUCUCUUAGAGCAGAAGCCAGUUGCCUCUGCUGAACAAGAAUCUGAGAAAGAAAAUCAUGUCACCACAGCUUGUAUAAAUAUUAAAAGUGAGAACCACGAAGUGUUAGCUAUAUCCCCAAGCAAAUCUAAAAGUGCUGGAUUAGAAAAAUCUGUAACAAAGCCUGUUGCAGAAGCUGGUCCACUGGACCCUGAUAUGAAGAUGCCUCCAGCAACUGUUACUGAUCAGAUCCCAGAAAGUCUCAAGAGGAAAUCUUCUCUUACCCAAGAAGAGGCCACUAGCAGCUGGGAGAAAAGGCCACGAAUCACUGAGACUCACCAGCACCAGCAGCCAUUUCAGGUCUCCCCACAGCCCUUUCUUAAUAGAGGGGACAGGGUCCAAGUGCGAAAAGUCCCACCUCUCAAGAUCCCUGUCUCCAGAAUCUCCCCGAUGCUGUGUUCUACAUCGCAGGUCUCUCCCAGGGCUCGUUUUCCAACCUCCAUCACUAAUCCUUACAGAACAGGAGCCAGAACUCUGGCAGACAUCAAAGCAAAAGCCCAGUUGGUCAAAGCACAAAAGGCAGCAGCCGCAGCAGCUGCUGCAGCUGCUGCAGCCGCCUCAGUUGGAGGGACCAUUCCAGGACCUGGCCCUGGGGGUGGACAAAGUCCAAGAGAGGGUGGUGAAAGGAAAACUGCUGGAGGAGGGAGUGCAGGCUCAGACCCAGUCAGUACAAAUGGAAAAAGUCCCACACUGGAACUGGCUGGAACUGGAAGCAGGGGAGGUACGAGAGAACUUUUACCCUGUGGUUCUCAACCUGAGACCAAUACACCAGGCCAAGCACAGCCUCCUGGUGUCUCUGGAGCACAACUACAGCAAACCUCCUCAGUGCCUGCAGGACUUGCCAUCAGUGGAACAUGCACAAGCGUCCCAUUAGCAGCCCACAUAGAAAUAUCAAACAGUGAAAAACCAAACCCCCACAAGGCAACAGCCACAGCAGCCUCUCCUUACCACUCACAAGACCCUAGGAGUUGCAGACUUGAGAAAGCUCUGUCUCCAACAGGGCCUCCUCUGAUCUCAGGAGCCUCACCUGUUUGUUUUGUAGCUGAUGGCACAGUUGAGCCCAAAGCUGGUUCUAACAAGAAUGCACCAAAGCCUUCAGCCUUAGCAAAGACAACUGCUUCUGCUCCACUAGAUAUGACUUCCUCUCCUGUAACAUCUUUAUUGACAACAGCCAGUUUAGAAAAACUCCCUAUGCCCCAGAUCAGUGGAACUGCAACAUCUACUGGAUCAGCUCCAUCCUCAAGCACUUUGCCAGCAGCUUCUAGCCUUAAAACCCCAGGAACUUCUGCAAAUAUGAAUGGACCCAUUUCAAGACCAAGUUCUAGUAUCCCUGCUAAUAAUCCUCUAGUUACUCAGCUGCUCCAGGGCAAAGAUGUUCCCUUGGAGCAAAUUCUGCCGAAACCUCUCACCAAAAUUGAAAUGAAAACAGUUCCACUGACUGCAAAAGAUGAAAAGGGAAUAGGGAUAUUCCCUGGUACCAGUGUAAUGGAAAGUAGCAGCAGAGAGGAAGGUAAUGGCAGGCAGGCCCAUCUGGCUGUCCAGCAGCUGGGGAAAACCCUGCAGAGUAAGCAGCUUUCCCAAGUCCCAAGGCCAGUUUUCACUGCUAAGGACCGGAAGGACCCCUGCAUCGACACUCACCAGUACCAAGAAGGUCUAAGUAAAACAACGCAAGAUCAGCUCUUUCAGACUCUUAUCCAGAGGGCUCAGAGACAGAGUGUUCUUUCAUUUGUGCCACCCUCUCAGUUCAACUUUGCUCACUCAGGUUUCCACAUGGAAGACAUCUCCACAAGCCAGAAGUUUAUGCUGGGUUUUGCUGGCAGAAGGACAUCCAAGCCUGCAAUGGCAGGUCACUAUUUACUUAAUAUUUCCACCUAUGGCCGGGGUACAGAGAGUGUUAAGAGGACCCAUUCUGUAAAUCCUGAGGAACGGCUUUGUCUGAGUAGCCCCACCGGGGCCUUGAGAAUGGCACAUGCAGAUUGUAAGAACACCACUGGAGAAAGCAGCAGCAGCAAAGAAGAUGACAGUGAUGACGAUAGCGUGAGUGAUGAGCAGGCGCCUGUUUCAAUGAAGGAGGAGCCCUGGACUUCUCAGAGUUCUGGCAAGCAUCCCCACUGUGGGGAAGCUCUAUCCACCAAUGAUUGUUUAGCUAACAAGAAUGGUAAGACUGAGGCACCAGUGAGUGAGCAAACCACUUUAGGCAAGGAGAAUUACAUAUUCUCUAGAGGCCAAACAUUUGAUGAAAAAACCCUGGCCAGAGAUUUUAUUCAGGCAGCACAUAAACAAAUGACUCAUGCUGCGAGAGGUAAAACAGUAUGUAGCAGCCCUGAGCUUUUCCAUUCUACUGCUCUCUCUCUCCCUGCAGACAGUCCCACACAUCAGCCUCUACUCCUUCCACCACUGCAAACCCCCAAAUUGUAUGGAAGCCCCACACAGAUAGGGCCAAGCUACAGAGGCAUGAUCAAUGUCUCCACCUCAUCAGACAUGGACCAUAACUCUGCUAUACCAGGCAGCCAGGUAUCUAGCAGUGUAGGGGAUGUCAUGUCGUUUUCAGUGACUGUCACUACCAUCCCUGCUAGCCAAGCAAUGAAUCCCAGCAGCCAUGGCCAGACAAUUCCUGUUCAGACUUUUCCUGAUGAGAAUAGUAUCGAGGACACACCAUCAAAAUGUUACUGCCGGUUGAAAGCCAUGAUCAUGUGCAAAGGAUGUGGGGCUUUCUGCCACGAUGAUUGCAUUGGCCCCUCCAAACUGUGUGUCUCCUGCCUCGUUGUUCGGUAAUAAGACUAGCUCACAUAAAGGAAGGGUAGGCUUAAAAAGUCAUGUUCUUGCACCAUUUUAAAAUCACAGAAAUAAAGUUUCAGUUGUCUCAAAAGACGUUAAUCAGGCAUACAGAAUGCAGGUCUUCACAUUUAUAGGAAGAGCACCUUGUCUGAGUCAAAUAGGACUGAAUUGGUGACAAAGUUUGCACUUACAAAAUCAUGUAAAUAUGUCACAUUUUGUUUUAACAUUAUUUUCAAAGUAUUUAGGUAAUGAUGUAUUAACUUUACAUUCAGAUUUAUAUUCCAUUUCUUUUGACUCUGAGAAAAGUUGAAUGGUAUGAAUAGUGAAAGGAAGCUCUCUGCCUCUGACCUUCUCCCGGGCUACGAAAAGGAAAGUGACCACCGUGCUGAUUAUGUCUUCACAGACUGGUUCUGGUUCUUAACAAAUAAGAUGGCCUUCGUGGGAUUUAGUUUAGGGUUUGCACAUCCCUUCACUUUAGGUGGAACCAUUUUCAGUGGAAUUUUCAAAAGGUAUUAACCUCCCAGACAGUGUUUUCCACCCUGACAGUCCUGGCAUUGCUUUUGGCGUCCAUAAAUCAGUACUAUUGUUAAGCAGAGCUCUGCUGUUAAGUAAGUGGGUUCUGCUUCUAAGUGACUCCUAUGUGAGACUAGUUGUACAUGGCAGGAAUUCCAGCAAUAAUACAUCCCAACCUUGAGUCAGUCAUGGGCCCCAAAAAUAGACACAUUAGGGGUGGAGGUGUGUGGGGGUAUGUGUACAUGUACUGUGUAAUUUUGGAAAAGGAAUGAAAUAGGAGAAGCUGAAACGUCAAGGAAUUUGAAAGAUUGAUUUUAACACUGGACAGAAAAUACAGUCUUUUCCUAUUCUCUCAAUCUAUUUUUAGGUAGAAAAGUUCUUUAAUGGUACUUCUGCUUUGGCAUCCACAGCAUAAGAGAUGGAUAUAGCUACCCUGUGCCAUCCUACUAUUAAUUUUUGCACCCACACACAGAACAAACAAGAAGACAGUUUGCUGUUUUAGAAAGUGAGUCUACUACUUCAGCUGUCAGGACUGCCAGGAUGCCUAACAUGAAAGGGCCUUGUGAGUAACUAAUGGGAUUGUUGGCUGGGAGAUUUUGCUGCUUUUCUUUUGAUUUUUUUUUUUUUUUUUUUUUUUUAAAUUCUCCCAGCACUCUGGAAGCAGAGGCAGACCAGUCUCUUAAGUUUGAGGCUGAUCUUCAUAAUGAGCUCCAGGACAACCAGGGCUACCUAAGAAGCCCUGUCUCAAAACAGAAACAAAACCAUAAAAAAGAAGCAAACAAACAAGGGGCUGGAGAGAUGGCUCAGUGACUAAGAGCACUAUCUGCUGUUCCAGAGGUCCUGAGUUCAGUUUCCAGCAACCACAUGGUGGCUCACAACCAUCUGUAAUGGGAUCUGAUGCCCUCUUCUGGUUUGUCUGAAGACAGUGACAAGUGUACUCACAUACAUAAAUAAGACUUUAAAAAAAGAAAAACUCUAGUUGGUGGACAUGGUGAAAAAUGCCUUUAGUUUCAGCACUUGGGAGGAAGAGGCAGGUGAAUUGUACUGGGUUAGGGCCAGUAUGGUUUGCAUAGCAAGUUCCAGGGUACACAGUGAAACAUUUGUCUUUUUUGGGGGUUGUUUUCUUUUUCUUUCUUUUUCUUUUUUUGUUUUGUUUUGUUUUGUUUUUGUUUUUCGAGACAGGGUUUCUCUGUAUAGCCCUGGCUAUCCUGGAACUCACUCUGUAGACCAAGCUGGCCUCGAACUCAGAAAUCCACCUGCCUCUGCCUCCCAGAGUGCUGGGAUUACAGGAGUAUGCUACCACUGCCCGGCUAACACUUGUCUUUUAAAAAAAAGAAAACAUAAUAAAAAAAAGUUAGUUGCAAAAUUGUAAAGAAAUAAUGUUUAAGUUACAGUUAAAAAUGGUUUAAGGAAAAUAGUUCACUAGAUUUUAGUAUUAAAUAGUCUGUAUUGUUUGGUUCAGGUCUUGUAAUUUGAAGUAUGUGGUGUAAUUUUGCAACCCCGUAUAGGUAUAUUUCAAACGCUAUUUAUAGCAUUUAUUUACUUAAACUCAGAACAGUUUAAACUUGUUAAUUACAUCACAUUCCAGAUUGGAGAAAGGAGAAAGAUUUUUCCUGCCAUGUGAUGCUUAUCCCUGUCCACCCUACUUUUUUGAUUCAACCACUGAGAGUGCUUCCUCAGUCCCUGCUCCAAACUCUAUGAAACUCACCUUUCAUCUUUCUUCCCUGCUAUUACAGACCUGAUUAGUUACCGGUUUAAAUUCUGUAUACAGCACUAGUCAAGACAUUGUGAUAUCCUUCCAUCCUCCCCCUUUAUUCCAGGAAAUGCAUAGCUUAGAGAAAAGAAAGGCUGCAAGAAUUCAGGGUUAAGAAGUGUGUAUGUUCUGAAGUGAAGGAUCAGUAAGGAAUAAAAGCCAGGGUUCUGCUCCUAACCCUUCAGGACAAUGGGUAGUCCCCAUGGGACCUUAAAAGACCCGUAUCUGAGCAGUCUCCCUUGUCUAGCCUGCUGGAAGAGGGUCAAUGAAUCAGAAUGGACCUCAUGCGGUCAGUGACUAGUUUAUAUUAGUGAAAAUAAUUUUCCUACAUCCUACCUUGCUUUCCAGAAAGGCUUUUGCUCCAUAGUUUCCGUAAUCUAAGACUGGAUGGACAGGAGGCAUUAGGGACUUCAGGUCCACUUAAAGAGGAAAUUAUCGUUAAACUUGUUCCACUCAGGCCAUGUAAGUCGUAAGUAUUGCUCUUCACUAGAUUCUACUUAGUAAUACCCAAAUAAUUUGCAUUCAAAAGUAUUCCAAAAGCAGGAUUUUUUUUUUUAGAUUGAAAAUAUAUUAAAUAAGAAUCCAUUUAGUCUCAAUUUGUUUUAAAACAUGUUUUCAGAUGGAAGGCAGAUCAUUCAUCUUAUAAAUUGACAGAAAAUAAACCAGUCUGGCCCUUUUGAGUUUGUCACUCCAGCUCCAGUAACUAUUAACACAAAUGUUGUCAAGGCCUUUCAGUUACUUUACCUUUAAGCCAACUCUGAACUGGUUCAAUGAGUGCUAAGCUUACUUUGGGCUUUGGGUGGCAGUUUCCAGUGAGGUAUUAAAUAUAUCUGAUACCUGAAGGCUGUGUGCCCCACCAGCCUUCAAAUUAGUCUGUGUCAAUGGCUGGGAUAGUACUUGUAGUGUUUCAACUGACUGUGAUUUUUUGAGUGUUCUGAGUUGCCUACGUAGAACACUCCGUAAAUCAUAAAGGGUUUUUUUGUCUUGAUUUUUUUUUAAUAAUCAGCAUUCUUUAGCCCACUAAUAUGGGGGUGGGGAGAACAGCACAAGUAACCUGGAGUUGUUUGGCCUUGGUUCCUUUUACUCCAGUGCUCAACACUGAGGCUAUCUCCCAUGUUCUGUGUGGCAGAUCUUAAAGAGUUAAGAUCUGGCAAGUGGAGCUUUUCUUGAGAGGGAAAGGCUGCAUUUCUAUGGGUAUAGAGAUGUGGAUAUUUGAGAGCCUAUCUCAGAUGUAAAUUAAUAGACCUCACUGCCUUCCAGCUGAAGGUGCGUUCUAUAUAGAAGGGUACCAUCAGUUACCAUUCUGACUGCUCCAUACUGCUUUCCUCCACUUCAGAAAGUCUUCAUGAGCCCUUGGGUUAAAUGGUUGGUUAUGAGCAGGCUUUCCUCUAUCAUUGUUCUACCAUUGCUUUAGAGCUCAUUGUCAGUGCACAGCCUCAGAAUUGUUUCCUCCCAGACUUAACAAGGAGAAGAAAGUUUCUUGUUGCUUUACAACAAUGUGUGCUAAGUGCUGAACAGUCCAAAGAGACUUUGCAAAACAUGACAGGCAGGGACCUUUUCCUAUGUGUUUCAAUACCUAUACCUAUUGAACAAAGCAGUAGGUAGACAUUUCCUAAAGUUGAAGCAGUAGCUUCAUAGAGUCUUGGUUACUUUAUUUUUUUUAAUGCUUUACAUUUGAUACAACUAUUGAAGAUCAAUUUAAAAAAAUAACUUUCCAGUAAUAUAUUUUAAGUAAUAUAUAUUUUAAUAUCUAUGUAAAAAGUGACAGUGGAGGACUGAAUUUCUCAUGUAUACUAUGUUUAAUGGUAGGGUCUCACUGAUAAGGCACAAAUUCUUUGUAAGGAGUUGCUCUAAAAACACUCAGAUUAUUUCCCAAAAACAAAAACAAAAAAAUGCAAUAAUGGGAAUGAUUUGGGGCUUUUAUUUUUUACAAAAAAAGAAAGAAAAUUGACUUAUUUACCACAAGCUAUUUUUCCCUCUCUGGUGAUAAGGUUUGUACAGACUGGUUUGGUAAAUGCUAAAUUUUUGUGUCUUUUGCCUUUUUAAAGGAAUUGUUAACAUUGGAAUUGAGGGUAUGUACAGAGAAGUUGGUGUCAAUGCCAUUUAAUAAGUCAUAUUUUUUCACAAAUAAGGAAAAAUCAUUUUAAUGAGAAUUUUAAGUAUUUGCAAUAAAUAUAUGUAUAUAGAUUGUAUGUAUUCAUAUAUUAUUUUUCAUUUUAUUAUUAAGUAAAAGAUAAUUAAAAGUGAAAUUAAAAAUCUUGUAGUUUUUGAUGAAUCUUGAGGUCUGACAUCUGAAUGUAACAUGGGGAAGGGCCUUCAAAUAGUUGCCUUAUGCAGUUAGGGGAAGAUCACCACAGACUGGGAAAGAGUAAGUCGAAGAACAUGGCCAUACGUCAGGACAGUGUAUUUCAGAACUUAAGUAAAAGUAUGAAAACGUCAUAGCUCCUCUCUGUUAUGUCUUCACCUUCAACUGUUGUUUUCCUAACCACCUAAUGGCACUGGAAGAGCAGAGUAGUCCCUUGGAGUACAUCUGCGAUUCCUUCUAGCAUCAAGGAAGGUAAGGAGACAUGUUAGGAGGAAUGGACUUUUACAGUAACUGAUACUUUGUUACAUGUUAGUACCAACACAUUCCACGCCUUUAGGAUGUUGAAGAACUAACCUCUUAAACAGAAACAGAAACAGAAGACUUGUUUUCUCUCUCUCAGUCAUUCUCCGAGGUGAGUUCCAUAGCCAAAUUUAUGUUGUGCUUGACUGAUCUGGGCAGUUUAAAACCUAGAUCUUUGUUAACACCUGUGCCUUGAUUAGGUUGUUUCCGAAUAAUUAGGAAGAUGACUUGUGUCAAGAGCAUUUAGGGAAAUGAGCAGUGGAUAAACUAUUUGAAGUUAAAUGUCUUUGUUCCCACACCUGGAUUAUUCUUAAAAAAAACUCACUGUGGUAGUCAAAUAAGUGGUUUGGGGAUAUAAUGGGUAGGACAUAAUAUCUACAUAGAUGGUUUUGGAAGUAGAGAUCUCCUGGUCUGUAAAAUUUGUAAUGAAGUUCAAUGAUAUAAAAGCUCACCUGCUCUUUUCCUUCAGUGCUGGAAUUAAAGGCAUGUGCCACCAAGUUAGGCUACCUAGCUUUUUCAAAAGUAACUUGAAGUUUCCAACAUCUGAGUUAUGUAAAAACAUUGAAGUUAGUAUAGCUAUCCAAGAGAUAGUGUUACAGUUCUCAACUGAAAGAUUUUGGGAACCAUAGAAAAACUCAGUCACUAAAAGCACUUACUGCCCAAGGAUGAAGACCUGCCUGUAGGACCCUAACUUCCAUAGAAGGUGAGUGUAUGUUGUAUUUGCCUGUAACACUACCUCUGGAGAGAUAAAGCCUAAACUUGGAGGUUUCCCAAUCAGUUAAACUCCAGGUUCAGUAAGAAAAGCCUGACUCAAAAAAAUAAGGUGGAGCAUCGUCUGAAAACAUUCCCACAUGAACCUUGGUCUAACCUUUGUCCUCCACAUGUACCCAUGCAGAGAAGUGCACUUGAAUUACAUAUGUGUGAACACACAAAUGGAAUUUGUUUACUCAGGGAAUAUCAGCAUCAUAAUUCCUAAUCAUAAAAGGAAGGAAGGUGAAAUUAUGACCAUUAAAAUAACUCCCAUUUACUUAAUAGUACAUACUUAACCAUUAGCACACUCACUUUGUAAGCAAAAUCCAUAUUCUUGUGAUCCUUGAAUCUUAGAAACCUAUGUUCAUUGCUUUUUACACAACUUUCUCUCAGCUGACUUUCAGUCAAAUUGAACAAUUGAGAUUUUUAUAUACAAAUCCUGUUACUUAAGUAUUUAUUGGGUAUUUAGCUAUGUGCUUAACCCUUACAAAGUGCUGCUUAUGCAAGGAUAAGAAAAAUUCACAGGGCUGGAGAGAUGGCUCAGAAGGUAAGAUCACUGACUGUUCUUCCAGAGGUUCCAAGUUCAGUUCCCAGCAACCACGUGGCUCACAACCAUCUGUAAUGGGAUCUGACGCUCUCUUCUGGUGUGUCUGAAGACAGCUACAGUAUGCACAUAUACAUAAAAUAAUUCUUUAAAAAAAAAAAAAACUGCCCCUAGAUGACAGCAGCUAAUGUCAUCUGAUUAGCCUAAUUAGAAACUGAAUUCACUCAUACAAAAGCAUCUGAAGCAUUGUUCCUUUUCCUUAGGGCCCAAGUCCUAAUAUUUUAGGACUUUCUGAGUAGUAAGAAGUCAUGGUCAGUAGUUGGCUCUUGCGUUUUCCUUACUUCUUGUCUUUAGGCAAAAGUUUGGGUUCACAACUUUGUCAAAAGGUGUGCAUUUGCACUUCAAAGAGCUGCUCAGUGUAUUUCACCAAGUGAUAUUUUCAGCUCUGUCCAGGAAACCUGCCCUUUGUGACCUUUCACAGAAGAUAUACUACAGACUGAGGAAUGAGUGCUUCCAUACACCAUAACAUUCAUCUAGAAGGGGACUUUCCAGAAGGCUCUCAACAACAGAGAAAACCAUAUGAUGGUUGUGGGGGCUACCUGUGACUAGAUAGUGGGUUCUGUGGAGCCUCAAUCUCAUUUUUCUUGUUCUUUAGGGGCAGAUAUAAAAUUUGAAUUUUUUUUUUUUUUUUUUUUUUUUUUUUUUUUGUCCUAACUGCAAAAUUUAAAGGAACCAUCAGGGAGAAAAAACAAUAAACCUGGGAUGUAGUUUUUAAGUGGACUUAAACUUUUGAGUUGAGUGCCUUACUCUUUUUUAAAAGUACUUUUUAAAAAUUGCAGGUUUAUUUAACAUGAGUCACUAUGAGUAUACCAUGGAAUUUGGUUUAGUUUUCUGAAAAUUAUGGUAGCUUUUGCCACAAAUAAGGGCUUGGGACUGUGUACCUGUAUCUGAACUUGGCUGGCUUCAUGAACACGUGGCCAACUGGAGUCAAAAUUCAUUUUAUUAAAUUUAACCAAUAUUUAUCUUUAUUAAGUGAACCUAAUUAGAAACUGAAUUCACUCAUACAAAAGUAUCUGAAGAUAAGUUAGAAUUUAUCUUACACAUAGCCUCUGUCCUUCAUAUGGAACAUGUGGGAUAUAAAGUUAGUUUUAAAACCAAACUAAUGUUUUCAGGUAACCUAGAGUUUAGAAAUGAAAUUGGAGGUUCAUCUUCAAGGUAGCAGCUCUUAAGUCAACAUAGGACAGCUUCUGUAUUUACCUGCUGUACCCUGUAUAUCAUUUUAAUAGCUAAGUCCAGUUCUCCCAGAGUUUCAUUUUGCCACCAGUGGUCAAUGGAGAGAAGGGUGUGGUCACAUGACUGAAGUUCCUAGCAAUUGGCAAAUGAAGGGUGGAAGAUGAGUCCAAGAUCAUCUUCACCUAUAGCAAAUUCAAGGCCAUAUCCUGCUACAUGAAACCCUGCCUCAAUAGAGAAGGGGAUGUUCUGGGCUGGGAAUGAUAAUUUAAUCAGACUUGUCCUCUGGGAAAACAUAUGAAAGGUCUAGUACAUGAUGAAUGAAUCAAAAUUUAAAAGCCUCUGUAGCCAUAAAUGCUUUGAUGGGUUUUCAGGACUCCUAAUGGAACGAGUUCCUGCAGCAUACCUUUCACCAGCACCAAGAGAAUCAGAAUGGAAGAGAUGAGUUUAACAUUAGUCUCAUGGACUGGGAUCUUUGUGCACAUAGACCUUAGCACUUUGAACAUGAACAGUCUGCCUUUCAACUCUGUACUAUCAUCUGUCCUCUCACUUUAUACUCUCCCCUUUAUUGGUACUAUAGAAGCUGUUUUCUUGCAAGUUGAAUGUAUGAUAAUGGUUCUGUCUUAAUGACUGGUGUUGAAUAAAGGCAUACAAUUUUA